UCAGGCAUACGGGCUCCACUAGAAAACGGUGCAGCACAUCUAGAUGCAUGUUAUGACCUGAUUUCCACUCGUGCUCCAAGUCUGCCAAUUGCAUGGCUGAGACGUGCGCGCUCGGUCGACUAGUCCAGCUUGGGCUUGAUCGCAAAAAUAUAGUGCCGGCCGCAGAUGACGUUGGUAACAUUUGCAAUUGAGCCCUGAAUGAGACGACUUCUCCGUGUCUGCGCCUCGGGCUCGCGCAGCAAUUCUCAGGCUUGGCAGGAAGUAUAAGACCUUCAUUGCAUCCAAUUCUCUCCAAAGAAAAGCAAACAUCAUGGGGAAUGCUGCUAGGACUAUCUUUGUCACCGUGCCGCUGCUCUGCGCGACUACCGCCAUGGUCUUUCAAAUUAUUGUCCUCAUUGCUGGAUUAGACUCUCCUGGCGUACGAGGCCUUUACUACAUGCGUCUCGACACUCGAAACAUCGUUGCUGCCUCUGCGACGCCUUUCUCGGCGAUCAUAAAUAGUGUGGCUUCACAGCUAGGCCUUAUGGACUACUACCAGGCAGCACUGUGGACUUACUGUUCGGGCCCAAGUAAGAAUGGCUCGUUUGAAAGCCCGACAAGGUGUACACCGUCAUCCACUUCCUUUUGGUUCAAUCCAGUGCAGAUAAUACAGGACGAUCUGUACGUUGGAAACGUCAUCACAAUCCCUCAAGAUAUACAAGAUGACCUCGACUUGGUCAAGACAGCUUAUGCCUGGUUAAAGCCAAUCUGCAUUGUGGCAUGUGUGUUCUCGUUCCUCGCCAUCCUGGCAAUCUUGCCAGCUUAUCGGUCGCGUUGGGGUAGCUUCUUUGCAACAAUCAUCUCCUUCGUUGCUGCUCUCUUCUCUGUUGGACAAGCAGUUGUUGCGACCGUUCUUUUUUCAAUCUUCUCCUCGGUCAUCAAUGACAAUCUGCCUGACCUUAACGUCAAGGCAUCCCUCGGUACACCCAUGUUUGUCUUAGCAUGGCUAUCAGCGGGAUUUUCUCUGGUUGCUUUCAUCUUUGUUCUUUUCACACUAUGCUGUUGCAAACCAGAAACACGUCGGACUCGCGAAUACAGAGAUAAGUCAGCACCGCGCUCGUCAACUAGCAGUAGCCGCAUGGUAAACUGACAGAAGAUACGGUUACCUCACGUAUUUAUUGGUCAACGCAGUCCAGAUGAAUGAUCCUUGCAUUUGAUAUUCGGAU